UGACGUAUCAUCUGACAUGACAAUGCCAUAUCACAGAAGUAGCGUGCAUUCAAAUGGGUACUCCACAGAUGGACAGCAAAGUGGGGCUGAUGAAAGUCCCACUUAUAUCAUGGAACACUUGGCAACUUUCUCCGUAUCGAAAGAUACAGGGAUUGUGUACCCAGCCGAUGGAAUGCGACGCCUCCUGCAGCUAGAAAAAGCCAAUGGAAUUUGGUCUCAAAAAAUGCAACUACGCCUGGAGCGGUCAUGGGUGCUAAUCAUUGACCAUGAAACCGGUUGUGUCAUGGAGAAAUUCCCUGUUUCUUUAAUUCAAGAGCCAACUGCUUUCAUGAGCCAUGAUCCAAUGGAAAUGUACAAUAAUAUUCUUGUGUUUAUUGUUGGGGAGGAAAGACAACCAGGACUUCACUCCGAAAUGCAUAUUUUUCAGUGCCAAAGUAUUUCAGCUCAAGAACUGGUGGAGGACUUAAAAUCAUUACGAAUAGGAAAAGUGCCAAGCGGACGACGUUCAAGACAUAUACCGCCCCCUCCUCCAACACCACCUCCAGACCCACCCACCAAUGGAAUCAAUGUUAAAGAGCAAGUUUCAGUAUUCAACGCAGUCGCUCAUCAUAGUGGUGGAACCAGUGGAAGUGGUGAAGGUUAUUCUAGGGAUGAUGAGACAAGCUCAACUUCGAGUGAAAAGUACGAACGAGAUGUUACAAUUCUAAAUCAUUGUUUUGACGAUAUAGAAAAAUUCAUCGCGAGGUUACAGCAUGCUGCAGCUGCUUCUCGAGAGCUUGACCGGAGAAGGAGAAGCCGAAAAUCAAAAAAGAAAGAUUUAGGGGAUGGAAUGUUGACGAUGAGGGCCAAGCCUCCGCCAGAGAUCGAAUUUGUGGAUAUCUUUCAAAAAUUCAAAUUAUCUUUCAAUUUGUUGGCAAAACUGAAAGCGCACAUUCACGACCCGAAUGCACCAGAGCUAGUUCAUUUUCUUUUCACUCCAUUAGCCUUGAUUGUAGAUGCAUCACACGAUACACAUUAUGGACCAAAUCUACCUGCCAAAGUUGUGUCACCACUGCUCACACGAGAAGCAGUCAAUCUUCUAAUGAAUUGUGUGACCAGUAAAGAAACGGAGCUGUGGCACUCCCUUGGGGAUGCAUGGCUCAUACCAAGAGAUCAAUACAAAGGUCCAGUGACCCCAUAUCACCCAGUAUUCUUAGACGGCUGGUCUCCCGAUUAUCCAUUAUCGGACGAACGAGAGCAGAUGGGAGUGUCUUUAGGCUCUGCAGCUGCUUCAGAAGCAAAAAGACAAAGAGCUGAAGAAAUCAGAGCUGCGCAACAUGAGGCUGAAUUAAGAGAAAGUCACUAUCAUCCAGACAAUUUACACUACAGCAGCGAUUACCCUGAAUUUGAUCACCCAGAAUCUACACCCAAUCCUGGACCUUCCAAUAGUAGAUAUUCCUUUGAAAAUCUGCGCUAUUCCAGAGAUGACCGGGAUCGUUCACACAGUCCUGGUGGAGGAUCAGAGAGUGAAUUGCCGAGCUCAGUAGCUCACCGUGAAAGAGAUAUUUCAGCGAGAAGUGACAUAUCUGCAGACUCAAUUGAGCGAAAUGGUGGCAAUGGCGAGAGAUUCGAGAGGACCCAAGCUCGUUGGCUGGAAGAUUUAAAAUCUCAAGGCUCCAAAAUUGUUCAAGUUACGUACCCGCGAACAGCGAACAAUGACAAGGAAUUAACAGUUAUUAGAGGAGAGUUCUUAGAGGUUUUGGACGAUAGUCGUAAAUGGUGGAAAGCACGCAACAGCCAGGGACAAAUUGCUCACGUACCUCAUACCAUCGUGACACCAUAUACUCCGUCCAUGAGUGCCAAUGAUGUUGAUGUUUUUAGUAAUCCUCUGUACACUAGGGGCUACGACAGACAUUAUUCUCCUCAGGAUACUCCAAGAGGAGAAAGAGAGAGCAUGGGAGGCGGCUCAGAACUCUCGAGAGGCACUCGUUCCCCGCCAAUUCCACCCCCUGCUCCAGCGCCGGCUGAAUGGGUGCGCAAAGAAAGACUCGGCAAGAAAGGUGAAUUCAGAUACUUCUAAAAUCCAUUGUUAUAAUAUGCUGGCAUAACUAAUUAUGUGUAAUCACAAAUUUCUUCUAAAUAAUCGAAUUUCGUUUCUUGUCUUGUUGCAUUAUCUAGUUUGUUUCAAAUUAAAUAUGUAUUUUAUAGAUUGUUAUGUACUUAAAGAGACUAUUUUAAAAUAUUUUAUUCUAUUUUGUGUCUUUGUAUUGUAAUUAAUAUAUUUUUACAUCUUCUGCAAUACUUUUUUAUAAAUUACCUCCAGAUUAAGAAUGAACAUUAAAUGAUAUUUGUUGUCUACUUUUACUUUGUUUUUUAACAGAAAAAUGUUGCAUCGCAAAAAAAUUUUCAACUAUUGUGAAAAAUUGUCUCCAAUUUUAUUUUUAUAUAUAAGAAACUUAUCUAUUCUAGACAUGCAUUUUUAACAUGCGGGUUCUUGUUAUGAUUUUUCUAUCCGUAGCUGUGUCACUGUGUGCCCAUCAAUAUUUAUUACUAAUAAAAUUUUUGACCAUACUUAGCUAGUAAAAAAAGAAGCAUUGGAGCCAUUGAUACCUAUGCUGUAAUGCUAAUCCAUGUGUGCAUUUCAAUAAAUUUUCUUAAUUUUCAUAUGUAAUGUACGUUAAGAUAGACGAAUAGACAAAACGCACAAGUGUGUCAUCCUUGUAACACC